AUGUCUCCUAAACCAGCUAACCAGAAAAGGAGGAAUAAUGAGAAGCGGAAGGAAAAGUCCCGCGUGGCGGCCCGCUGCCGACGCACAAAAGAGAUGCAAAUCUUCGCGGAACUGACCGCCGCGCUGCCCGCCAAAAAAGAAGAGGUGGAACAGCUGGACAAGGCGUCUGUAAUGCGUCUGGCCAUCUCAUACCUGCGUGUGCGAGAUGUCGUUUCCAUGUUACCCGAGGCUGAUGUUAAACCGUCGAACAUAAGUAGCCCCAAAGGACUUGAAGAAAUACAGUCAGAACUAUCGUAUAUGAAGGCGCUUGACGGCUUCGUGCUGGUGUUGUCUCAGCAAGGCGACAUCGUCUAUUGCAGCGAAAACAUCGCAGAACAUCUUGGUGUUUCUCAGAUGGAGAUAAUGGGUCAGAGCGUAUUCGAGUUCAGCCAUCCGUGCGACCAUGACGAGAUCCGUGAGGCGUUACGCAGCAACACGACCGGUCGCCGCGAUCUGUUGCUGCGUCUCAAGUGCACGCUCACCAGCAAAGGGAGGAAUGUGCAUCUCAAAUCCGCCUCCUACAAGGUUAUUCACGUAACUGGUCAUAUGCUGGCAGCAUCCGAAGAUAAAAAUGUGAACGAAUCUGAGAGCAACAAUAAUGAAGCAGAGGAUAAGAAGAUUGAGGGUGAAGUGACUAAGAUCGCAAACAAAGCCGGAGCGCUUGUGGCUGUUGGACGGCCCAUUCCGCAUCCAUCAAACAUCGAAAUCCCCCUCGAUAGCAAGACCUUCUUAUCCAAACACAGCUUGGACAUGAAAUUCACUUACACCGAUGAAGGUUUAAUGAAUACCUUGGGAUUCGAACCUGAUGAGUUGGUGGGCCGAUCUGUUUACGAUUAUCAUCACGCGGCUGACAGCGCUUCCUUAGUUCAACAGUUUAAGUCACUUUUCUCCAAAGGACAAUGCGAGACCGGCCGGUACCGGUUCCUGGCAAAAUCUGGCGGUUUCGCAUGGGUCGAGACCCAAGCGACAGUAAUCACCGACAAACAACAAAAACCUAUCAGCGUCGUCUGCGUCAACUACGUAAUCAGCGGUAUCGAGUGCAAAGAUGAGGUGUUUGCUGCACACCAAUUGCAGCAUGCAGACUUGAAACCUGUCGUGGCACCGACCGUAAAACAGACUACACCCGUACCAAUCUGCCAACCGGCCACAGAGGCAGGAAACGGCGCCAUAGUAGCUGCUAUUAUCCCAGAAGAGGAGCGUCCUAUACCUGUUACGGAACUUAUUUUCGCACCGCGAAAGAAAGAAAUGAACAAAGGCUUUCUCAUGUUCUCCCAAGACGAGGGACUUACAAUGCUUAAGGACGAGCCGGAAGACCUUACCCAUUUGGCACCAACAGCCGGUGACGCAUGUAUUCCUCUGGAGAACAGUCCUUUUGAUAUGUUCGAUGAAUUCAUUUUGAACGACAACUAUUGCAGCUUACUCGGUGAUGAUCUGGCGAGUGGGUCGCCAGUUGAUUCUUUGGCUGCCGAUUCUUUAUUGUCUUCGCCUGAUCCUCAAGAGACUGAAUCAUCGUGCGAACAGUCGUCCCUAUUAACAGAAUUGACGCUAGAUGCGUUCGACAGCGGCAGAUCGGAUAAUGAUAUCGACGAUGGAAAUUCCCCGUUCAUACCGAUUAGCGAUGAACUCCCAGUCCUGGAAUCCGCUGUUAUGUGGGGCGCAUUACCCGAUAGCGUCAGCCUUGCCAGGCCACAACCUACCGAGCCGCAGGUCGUUUCAUCGGCGCCUGCGCUUCAACGUUUGCUCGCAGCGGCACCCACGGGUCCGCCACCACAGGAUCUCAUUACAAAUAUAUACUCAGACCAUGGUCUAAUUGCAAACAGGAGCGUUUCAACAUGGGAUACGGGUAUCAAGAGAGUGAUGAAGCAGGAUGAGGAGCCAGUCGCAAAGCGUGUGAAACGCAGCCCAUCACCGGCGCCGGCAAACUCAAAGCCAACAUCCCAGUCCUCGAGUGUCCUCAUGAACCUCCUGGACUUACCGCAGCAAAUGCCACGGCAGAUCAGUCCCAAAAAUCCCCAAAACUAUCAACAGGUUGUUAUGAACGGACAGAAACUACCUCCCCUUGGUGCCAUUAAUAGGAACAGUAUUCCUAUUCCGGCUGGCAAUGCACCUGCAGCAAUUCCUAAGCCACCGUGGAUGUUACUACGGCCUACUCACAACGAAAUGGAACAGUUGCCGCCCUGCCAUCGCUGCUGGUUUCUGGAAGGUUGA